UUAAAGUCCGAUCACAGUGGACCAGAAUAUCUGUUGGGUCUUAUGGUUGGCACCCUCUCUGCUACUUUCACACCUGGACGUUAGCCUAAUAAUGUGUAGCCUUUAUUAAGAAAGUAAUGAGGUGUCUGUCAUUUUUAGCUUUCAUCUGUUUGUUUGGAGUCUUUGACAAGGCCAGUCUAAGAGUGAUACUUACACAGAGGAAUGUGAAGGCCCAACCAGGAGAAGAGUCUUCUUUCAGGUGUCAGCUCAUGUCACCAAGAGAUGUUAUUCAAGUCACCUGGCAGAAAUAUUUACAGGAUAGGACGAAGAUCAUUGCCACUGAUAAGAAGUACUCUGGUCAAAGAGUGGAGCCUGAAUUCAGCAGCAGAGUGGUGUUUAAAGACACUGGACUGCAGAACAGCUCCAUCGUGAUCAGGGAGGUGACGGAGCAGGAUGAAGGCUGCUAUUGUUGUUUGUUUGACACCUACCCUGAUGGAGCUCUCGAUGCUACAACCUGCCUCAAACUCUACGAGCUGCAUGAACCCGUCCUACAUGUGAGAGAAUCAAACUCUUCUGAAGAGGUCGUUGUUUCCUGCUCGGCUACGGGUCGACCCGCCCCCACUGUGACAAUAACGCUCCCUCACCAAGACUUGAACUUCCACAACACUUCUGUCUCAGUCAGGAACAACAACAGUACAGUCACCGUCACUGAGACAGCUGUGCUCUCUCGUCGUCAUGACAACAGCACACAGGUCGGGUGCACAGUAGGGGGCUCCUAUGGCGUUCACAAAGAGGUGUUUAAGAUGAUCCCUGAGGUCAAAAAGUCGCUCCCUGAUGAAAAGUCAGGAGUUAAUAGCAGGAGUCGCAGUACAACUUUAAUCAUUAUAUUAUCAGCUUUAACAAUCUGUGGUAUCAUCACUGCAGUCGUCUUCCUCCGGCGUAGACACAAACCUCAGAACAGUCUGUCACACGAGGUCCAUAUGAAUGAGAAACCAGGAACUACAGAUGAAGACCCUCAGAAGACCCAAGAGUCUCCACAGGAGAACGUACAGGUCCGACUUCGAUCAACUCCUGUGAAGACUGAAGAGAGAACAAACACAAAUCCAACAUCAGUUUCAUCCAGGAGACUGUUUGAGUGAUUGAUCAGAUGAACUCAGUUUUCUGAGUAACUGUGAAAAGCUGUGAUUCACAAAUUGAUGGAAGAGCCGUGUUUUAUUUACUUCUGAUUUUUUAAGCUUUGAUAAGAAAAGUCUUUUAAAAAACAUUUUGAUACCCUUCUCUGUUUACAUGAAUUUUAAAUCUGUUUUAUUUUUUAAAAUGUCAUUUUUAAAUCUGACAUCUGCCUUUGUAUGACUAAUAAUGUACAUAAUGUCUUUGUGAGAGAUUUUUGCAUCUCUUUGAAUUGAAUUUUGACUUUUUUUGUUAAAUUAUGACAAGGGGAAUAAUGAUGUGACUGAAAACAUUGUGAAGUAUUAUUUCUUUAGUCAUAAAUGAAUUUGUUAUUAAAAAAAGCAGCACAGACUGCACACCAGAAGCUGCUGUGUUUAAUUCA